UUUUUUUCCAUAAAUGUUGAAAAUCUGGUAACCUAAUUAAGAUUUUUCUCGUCUCCUUUCUUUUCUCGUCAUCAUGGUAUACAAGAAAUACAAUAACCAGAAAUCUACGCCAAGAGAACGUAUCAGACUAACUAAAAAGAAAAAUAAAUGUAGUUCUCAAAAAAACCAUAAUAAGCAGUUUUUUGUUCGCAAAUCUAAGAAAGAAAAAGAAGAAGGAAAGGAAACGCAAAAAUUAUCACAAAGGGCAGUUCGAGUGGCCUCUGAAUUUUUUCUUCAAAACAGGGAACUUCGUGAAGAAAUAAUUCAACUACGUCAAGAAGUUCAAGAACUUCAGGAGGAAGUACAAGUCCGAGAAGAUUUUUCGAUUAUAAAAUCUUCUCAAGAAUCUCAGGUGCGACAAGAACUUCAACAACAAGUUCAACAACUGCAACAACAAUUAUCGUCGCUCCAGGAGCAACUCCAAGAAGCUUCGUCACGUGACGAAUUAGUUGAACAACAACAAGCUCCUCUUACUAGUUCCGAACAGUAUCAACUGGUCGCCGAGAAUGAAAUUAUGUUGAAUGAUAUCCAGGAAUGUGACGAUUUCAUUCAACGGCUUAAAAAUGAGAGAGUAAAUGAACAUCUUGCUUUUCGUCGGCAAAUUUCAGCUUUGAAGGAAGAUUGCAAUAGGUUGCGUCGGGAAAGAAAUGCUGCACACCAUAGGGCUGAAGGGAUGAUAGUUUUGCUUAGAAAUAGAGAUAAUUCUCGUAAUCCUCCUUCUUCCGUAUAAUUUUCUUUUCUAU